AUGAACUAUGUGUUAUCAAAAAUUCACAAAACAGCAAUAAAGACAAGACAAAUAAUUGUUUUGUCAAAGCCGAAACAGAAAUUAAAUGACUCCAAGGUCGUUUUGGUCGUUGGUCGAAGAGAAAUCUCAGUUAGUGAAAAGAGUAGCUUUCUUAGAGAAUUCAAGUGCAAAGCUCCAUGAGGAAAUCACAUCAUAACAGUUAAACUGCACUGAAUCACAUGAUCGACAAGUUAACCAUCUCUCUCAAAGUGAAACCAAGCCACAAGAAGAAAAGGUUCCAUGUGCAAUAGAUUCUACCGUGAAACCCAGUAACAAAAAUAAUGAAAACCAAGAGCAAGUACAAGAUCAAUCACCAGAAUAUGACUUUGUCAUCCUUUGUGAUUCAAACAGGAAGUAUAUCAAUGCUGAUCAGCUUUAUCCAAAAGAAAAUAACAAAGUCAUUCCAUGCGGAGAUACAGCCAAAGCUAUUGACAUUUUAACCUCCCCAAGAUUUAGUUUGAAGCAUGGUAUCAUUAUCAACACUGGUGUCAAUGAUUUGGAAAGUUUAUCACCCAAAGAUAUAAUCGAAAGCCAAAUUCGUUUAGUGAACAUUGCUACAACCAAUUUUCCAGACAAAGAGAUGAUUAUGUCAAGUAUCACACCAAGAUGGGACGACCUGGAUAAACUUGUCUUUGAGGUCAACAAAUGGGUAGCCCAAAAAAUUUGUAGAAAUCCUAAUGUCGUUUUGGUGGACAAUGGAAAUUUAUGA